ACAUUGCAUUCACCAGUUCGUAUUUUGCAAAGCAGGCCGUGAUUUGUGUAUUUUCUUCACGACCUGCAACCACACCGGCAGGAAUAAUUACAGCAAAGGUUUGAGGAAAGUUUACUUCCAUCGGUGCAUCGCAAACUAGCGCAGACUGCUCGGUGGUGAAAUUAUUGCGGCCCCAACAGUGCAUCGCAAACCAAAAAUUCUAACCAUCAUGCAGGCACAAUUGGCACUGAUCAAGGAAUUUUCCAUACCGGGAGAACUCUCGCUCAGCAUCACGUAUUUGCAACGAGCUUUGCGGGACUGUGUAUUCCAACAUCAGGUUUUGGCUUCUAAAAUCAAUAACUUACCGAUGCACCAGCGCCCUAAAGUCAAACAAUACAUGCUGGAGCUGGAACGGGAAAUGCUAUCGAUCGGACAGGAACAGGAAGGUUUGGUACGGCAGUUAUCCGAACGUGUGAAACGAUUCCAAAUGACCAUUCAAUCGCAGCAUCUGGUUACGAUAUGCGAUGAUGAGCUGUACGGGUACGUUUCGCGGCAGCUUAACAUUCAGCACGAAACGGCCGUUUUCUCGGGCACACCGAAACACAUUUCACCACGCUGGAGCGCAACCGAGCUGGCUCAAAAGUACAGUUUGGAAACGAUCCUCGAAACGGCUUGUGUGAAAACAGAAGAAAUUCAGUUGGAAAAUCACGAAUCUCAAGAUUUCGAUGCGGCCGACGACGAUGAUGAUUGUUGGAAGCCCGUGAUGUCAUCCAACAAACGAACCAAAAAACAAUCAAAACCAGCCUCGAAAACAUACACAAGACCAUUCGCAACAGCAGAUGCAAGCUUUCGUUCCGUUUUAAAGACGAAAUCAUCCCCACCACAGUCAACCGUUGCACCGCAAGAGCGUGCAUUUGCUAGCAUUUCCGGCAAGAAGCCAACCACGCUCGAGAAAGUGAAAACGGAAAGUAAGUUAAACGUUCCGAAGGAACGGGAAUCACGCGAAACGACGGAAAAGUCAUCGGAGGAAGAGCAGCAGGAGCGGAAACCGGUGGUAAAGACGGAAGAUUCCACGAAGGUGGAAACCGUUACGCGAGGUGUAUGGGUACCGGGAUGUCCGGGACGUCCGCCCAAGGCGGCAAACUACAUAUCCGCGGCGAAACUGGCCGCAAUCAGAGCACGGCGUGCAUCGGUCCCAUUAGCGCAACCCAUCGCGCAAAGGCGUGCCUCGAAAAGGAUGGAAAUGUUGGCGGAAAAAGGGAAACCAACGGAACCGAUAGAUGACUCCCCCGGUGAGGAUGAUGAUCAAUUGCCGGAAGUGUUGGAAACGUCGGCUGCCGUUCGGCGCGGGCGUAGUAAUCUUUUGCAAGCGCUCAAAAAACAGAAGCGCGGUCCGGGCCGUCCACCGAACUCAGAGAGCAUGGCCGCGCAACAACGUGCAUCGAAACGUGGUCCCGUCCCGGGGGUUAGUAAACUCGUCAAGCACUCGUCGUAUGCUUCAUCGGGUUCGUCACCGAAUUCCCGAUCGUCUACACCCACGUGGGGAACGCGUCAACAUUCGGAAGAUUCGUGCGAUCGCCGUUCGUCCUCUACCGAGUAUCCUUCACUGAACGAUCCUGGCGAAACGCCCGGAUUUACGGCGACCAGCAUCUACGACAUGGGACAGGUUUCGUUUCUACGCUACCACGAACUGCACACACCGGAAGAGGCGCAAGCAUUAAAGGAGCGAAAACGGGAACGAAAGCGUCGCAGCUGUUACAGCACGGAGCGCAAAGACUUUCAUUACGGCAAGUUGGAUUAUUACGAGCAGCAGCAACAGUACCAGGCUGUGCGUGCUUCCAAACGGACAAAUCAGCGUCCGGUUCUAUACUCACCACCAGUAGCCGCCGUGAAGAAGCGAAAGCAAUCAACGCUGCCCAGCUGUAAUGCGGCCACAACUUCGAUCGUACGGCACCGACCACAGCCAGCGAACAUUUUCGCCGCCAUGGAUAAAAGAAGUUGCUUCGUAUGCUUCAAAAGUGGUACAACCGAUGAGUUGGGCGCUUGUAUGAACUGUUGCAACAUUUACCAUCUCAGCUGCCACACGAUCGACGAACAGUCCGAUGCGUAUCGUCAGCGGGAUGAUCUGUGCCCGGUUUGUCUCGUCUCGGACGACGGUAACAAAUAGUGGCAGUGAUAGUGGAUACCGUUCCUACUUAUUUCUUACUCUUUAUGAUCUGCAUUAAAAAUAGCUAUUUUAUUUGUCGUUUAACAAUUUAACAUUACGGUUAAAUUACGCACGCGAUCUGUAUAUGCGAACGAUAUGCAGAGUAUGUAUAUUGUGUUUAUUAAUGUAAAUUUUUCUUGCUACAGAAAAACUGAAA